AGGCCUUAAAAUGACGGUCACACUGCCUCAAACAAACAAAAAAUAUAAACAAAAUACUCCAUUUAAAGUAAAAGUUAGGAAACAAGGGAUCUGGCAUGGACAUCUUCGAGAACCUUUGCCGAACGUGCGGCAACGAGUGCCUGGACCUAUUGAACAUCUACGAGGUCAGCGUUAAGGCUCUGGAUAAGACAGUGUUCGUUGCGGAGAUGCUCUCCUCCUGCCUACCCACCGGCUUUCCGGCACUUCAGCCCACUGACGCGUAUCCCAAGCUGAUCUGUCGCAUUUGCUUGAAGAAACUAACCCUGGUCUACGAGUUUAACCAGCAGUGGGUGGGUGCCCACAGCGAGUUCAAUGUGGCGCUCAAAUUUGAAGAGCGGCGAAAGCGCAGCCUGGCCAGCAAAUCGCAGGACUUGAAGGUACCGGAGUUACUCAAACCCCGGGAAGUUCCUGAACUUCCCAGGAUAUCGCCCGAGGCUGGUGGGGCGAAAUCCAGGUCAAUGUUUAGUGCAAAAGGAUUAUAAGCCGCGCUCAAGGAUUAUAAAAACAAAACGUACACAUGCCAGUGUGGUCGAUAGUAUCCUUCCUUUUCACUCUGCCCCAGAAUCUUUCCACAUGAAGAAUUUCGCCUCCUGACUUGUAGCUAUCUCUCUCUCUUUCAGAGGCAGUGUGUUAAUUUUAAAAAUAAAUUUAAAAUUUGAGGAUCAUUGACAGACCUUUUUUUUUUACUAAUAUUAACUACUCCGAGUAAUUUUGAACUUUAGCUAGAUUUAACAUUGCCUUCAAAAGUUAAUGUUACAUUUUAUCCACAUUUUCUUCUUUACAGGUACUGUAACUUCUACCGAGGAUGCCAAGCCCCAUUUCAAGUGUACCAGCUGCGAUGAAUCCUUUCUCACGGAAAAGGCUUGGUGGUUUCAUCGCAAUUUCUCUCACAAGGGUCUCUAGCACGCAACAGAGACUUUAGGAUAGUUAAGAAAUAUAACUCAGGAAAAAAGUUGA